AUGGCAUCGAAACCAACCCUCGGAUUUGCUGGCUUAGGGGCCAUGGGCGGCGGCAUGGCAAAGAAUCUCGUCAAGCACGGCUUCACCGUGUACGGCUACGACGUCUACCAGCCUUUGGUGGAUAGCUUGCUGGGAGCGGGAGGCAAAGCGGCCAAGACGCCCCGAGAAGCGGCCUCGAAUGCCGACUUCUUCGUCUCCAUGGUGGCCAACGCUGCACAGACCUCGAGUCUGCUGUUCGAAGGCGAAGACGCGGUUGUCCACGGCCUGGGCAAGGGCAAGACGUUCAUUCUGUGCUCCACAACGCCCCCGGCUUUUCUGCAUGACCUACGGAAAAGGUUAGAUGAAGAAUUCAACCGGCCGGAUGUGAAGCUGCUGGAUUGUCCUGUAUCCGGCGGUACGUUGAGGGCCGCCGAUGGUACGCUGUCGAUAUUCGAGUCGGGACCUGAACAAGAUCUGGACGCCGCGAGAGAUGUACUGCAGACCAUGUCGGGCAACCUCUACCGAAUGGGAGGUAUCAGCAUGGGCACCAAGACCAAGACCGUUCAUCAACUCCUUGCCGCGACAAACAUCAUCUCUGCUGCAGAAGCCAUGGGAUUGGCCGCCACAGUUGGACUCAACACGCAAGCCGUCAUGGAGCAUGUCAAUCAGUCAGACGGAGCAAGCUUCAUGUUCGAGAACCGCACUCCUCACAUGCUGAAAAAUGACUGGCAUCCAUAUUCUGCCCUCUCCAUCAUUCUAAAAGACGCCGGCAUUGUGACAGAUACAGCCCGAAGAGACCAUUUUCCCACUCCCAUCGCCGACACGGCAGAGCAACUCUACCUGCAAGGCGAACAAGCCGGCCUUCUCAAGACCGACGACGCCGCUCUCGUACAACUAUACCUACCCGAGUCUCAAGGCGACCUGGUCUACCAGAUGACCUCCGCAGACGUCAAAAUGGUCGCCUCGCACAAGGUAAGGAAAGAAACCAUCGUGGACCUCCUCUCGGGCAUCCACCUCGCCGCGUCUGUUGAAGGCAUGGCCUUCUGCAAGCACCUCGGCAUCGAUCGGAAAGUCAUGUACGAGAUCAUUGCCAAAGCUGCAGGGUGGAACGCCAUGUUCACGACGUACAUCCCUUCCAUGCUUGACAAGGACACCUGGACCUUGGCCGAAUGUCCCGGUGCGGAGCAAGUGAGGCAGAAACUGGCGGAUGCGGUGCAGACCUGCCUCGCGCAGAAGUAUCCGUGUCCGAUGGCUAGCAUUGCGCUGCAGCAGUUUCACUUUGCGACUCUGGCGGGUAAGACGAUCGGGAAGCAGGAUCGGGGCGGGCAUUCGUAG